AUGGAUUACAAAUCGAAAGAGUUUCAAAGAAAUAGAAUAUCUCAUAAGAAGAGGUUCAUAAACGUGCUUCAAGAACUGCUUCAAACUUCAAAAAAGAACGUGCAUGAAACCAUCAACGUCAAACAUGAAUACAUAGAGUUCUUACAGCAUACUGACUUCCGAAGAGAUUUAAAAAAAUGUUAUCCUGAUUUGGUUGCAUCCAUCGGUCACAAAUAUGGCCAGAUCGACCUCAAAGGUCCAGCUUCUCAAGUAGUGGACGCGACUGUCAUAAUAAAAGAGCAACUACACAGAAUUUGUGAGAAACAGUUAACGUUAUCUCAGUCAACCUUAAUUUGGAAUAUUGUUGCAAAGAAUCAGUGGAAUGAGUACUUCACGAGACAACUUGGUAAAGAAAAUAUAAAAGCUAAA